CUACGAAAUUUCGGGUACGACUCAUCGGACUCUCUGUCCAAGCUGAUGUGCUUGGAUGAAACUAAACGGGUAGACUUGACACAUAGCAGAAUGACUAAGAAUCAGAAAUCAGGUGGAAGGAGUCGCGAUUCUCGGAAAGGGAGCUCUAAAUCUCUGAGAGAUUUUAACAAUGGGGAGAAAUCACAAUCUCCUGUGAGACAGAUGAAGAGAAGGCCUGCUACCUCUAGAGAGGAAGUUGGCUUAUCACGAUCGGAAAGAGUUCUGUUUCAGAAUGACGAGUCGAUUGAUAGUGAAGAUAAUAUCGAAUGUCUUGACAAUACUGCAAAAUCCCAUAGACCUGUAGACGUCGUUGUUGUUGAUGUUCACAGCGAAAAUAAGGAAACGAAAUUAUUCAAGCCAAGAAAUAUUGCCGAAGAUGGUAAUGUCUGCUGGUCAGAUGCCAUAAGCCCUGGAAAGAAAGCAAAUCUCACCAGAAGUCAAGGAAAGAAAAGUGCUGCAGAAGGAAUGGCCUGGGAAAUUGAAGAAUCGGUCAAUACAAUUCAAGAAUUUGCAGAAACAUCUAAAGUUUUCAUGUUUUCCGCUGAUCGAGAAACUUCUACGAGAUUUUCAAAAUCUUCUGAUCAUUCAAACUCGGAAGAGAAUCAUACCCAGCUUUUUGGAUCUGAAGAGAAAAUAUUGAGGAUUUCUGCAGGAAAUUCAGAUCCUGAACCCGAACCUUUGAAGACGAACAUAGAGGUGCCCAAGCGAAGACGAAAACGGUGGUCUAAGGGUGGAAAAAAUUUACACUUGACGCAAGAACUAAUUGCAAAUUCCUCCGACACAAACCGGUCGGUGGAUAGCGAUUCUCGACUCUCUGCUGAUCCUCGGUUCAGACCAGUUCCUGCUCCACGAAAAAAGGGACUUUCUAAAUCCUUGGCUAAUGAGUCUAGCUUGGUGUACGACAAUGCCGCUUUUCGGUCCGACACUGAAGAGGUGCUUCGAAUUGAAACUGAGGUCUAUGAAUCUCAAAGAGGCUCGGAUAGUAGCCAAAAAUACAGACAGAGUACUAAGAUAGAGAUGAGCAGUUUCUAUGAUUCGUCCAAGGGCGUUAGAGAAAUCGAAACAAACUUAAUGCAAUUGAAAGGCGAUUUUCCGAAUUACAUAGGUGGCAGAGAAAACAAAGAGGUGGUUAAAGUCUUCGAUGUUUCAGACUCUGCAAGCUCUGAAACUGAAAUUCAUGGUGUCAAGAGUGACGGGUAUUCUAGAGCUCAGUUUACUCCUAGCAAGACUAGGCAGCGAUCGAACGCACGCUCAACAUUUGAAACUUCUGAGUUCUCGAAAAACAAUGAUCAAGAUUUGAAGUCUGUUGCACGUGAAAAAAGAAUUUGGAAUGAGGAAAUAGCGAGGAAAAGGCGGUCGUUCUCUGAAGAUGAUUCCACAAACAUUGAUAUCAGUUGUUCAUUGACGGACAUCAGUGACUUGCCUAGAAGCAGAUCAGUGAAAAAAGAUGGAAAAAAGUCAAAGUACUCAAGGCGGGAAGUUGAUCCUGCUAGAAAGUGUGAAUUGAAAGACAAAUCGAAUAGUGGCCCAAAGAAUAAAUCAGGGACGCAAAGUAGCAGAGAUAAUUCGGUUGAGUAUAACGCAGGUAGAUCGGAGUGGUUUAUAUCCAUCACCAUUCACAGAGCAGAUGUUUUGGAAACGGAUUUUAUUACCAGACACCCAAUGGUGAAGGUUCAUAUCGUGGACAUGAAAACAGGAAACUAUUUAAAGACUGCAGAAAGCAAAAAUCAAGGAAGAUGCAGCUACCUGCAACCAAUGAUCACUAGGAAGUUUGACUUCAAGACGAAUAAAUCAAUUGUGCCUAAUUGGGAGGAGGAAUUGAUAUUUGAUUACAAUUUUGACGAUUUCAUUCGAACAGGCGAUAAACCAACAUUAAUAUUGUUUGAAGUACUGGAUUUAUUGAACUUUGCCGAGGCCAGCUUCAACUACAAUAUGUUGGGCAGUGAAGGAUGCUGGCAUAAAAUAGCCUGGGCUUUUCUGAGGCCAGUCGGAGUAAAUGGGACGUCUCACAUGAACAAGCAAGUCAGACUGCAACUGUACCAGCCGUCUAAAGCUUCCAAAAAAUCUGGAAUACUUGGUCGAUGCGAGGUCUUCAACAGCUGGAAAUCCACUAACAGGCAGAAAUAUCCAAGCACGUUAUACGUGACAUUGAAAUCUGUUCAACCGCCAGUUGAAGAUCCGGUUCUUUACGAUCGUCUCAGCCUUAACGAAUUACCUGAGAUAAAUGACGAGUCUUGCGCUACUUUGGUGAAGUCCUCGGACAUGUUGCAGUUGCCAAAGUGGACUAGACUCGCCGCACAGUCUUGCAAGAUACCAAACAACCACCUGUUUCAAUCUGAAACGUUUGAAAAUGGCUGCUUUUACAUCACAUUCAGCCCUAGUGGCAAAUACCUUGCUUGCGUAGGCUCGGAAGAUGGCAAAUACCCGAUCAUCAUCUAUGCGGUUCCUGAGGGAAUGAUAUGUGUCCGGUUCAUCGGGCACAAUAAUUUUGUUUACGGUCUAAACUGGUCAAACGACGACAAGUACUUGCUGUCCGUAUCUUCGGAUCAAACUGCCUGCAUCUGGGACGUGGAAAAUAAAAUAAUUCAGCAUAUCCAGAUGUUACCUCACCCGUCAUACGUUUACUGCGGUAAAUUUUACCCCAGGAACAAACAAGUUGUAGUGACAGGGUGUUGCGACAGCGUUGUCAGAGUUUGGACAAAGUGCAGAAGAAGCAAACGUUAUGAACUCACCCAAGAAUUAGACGAGCACAAGGGAUACGUGAAUUCGAUGUGUUUCCAGAAGGACGGUGGUCUAAUCACAGGUGACAGCGUUGGUGUCAUAAUACUGUGGACUUUGAAGAAGGCAGCCAGCAUUUCGACAGCAAGGGAAUGGAACGUUUUCAAGAUAAUUAAAAAUAACGAAAUCGAGAAUAACGUUGUCAACACCAUUAUUUCGCAACCCCUGGAAUCACGAAUUUUGGUUCAUUCGCGAGACAACGGCUUGCGAAUGAUCGACCUCACCACCGGAGUAGUGUUGCAGCGAUACAAAAGUCUCAGAAAUCGCAGAUUACAGAUAAUUGCAUGCUUGACACCUUGUGGAGGAUUUGUUCUCUGCGGUGGGGAAGAUUCGUAUUUGAAUAUAUGGAACGUCGAGAGUGGAAAAAGAGUCGCUAAAUAUCUGGUUCAAGAUGCGAAAAUCGUAGCUUGCGUCGCUUAUCAUCCUUUUGAUCAUAUUCUGGCAUUCUCAACAUUCGGCAGCACAUCUGCUGUUCAAGUAAUGAACUUCAGUAAGAAUUCAACGGGGGAGAAUGUCGGCCUCAGUUUGAUGGCUAAUAACGAGGCCUCGAACAAUGACAUCGAUAGUGAGAUCACUGUGAAAUUUGGUAAAAGUGACGCUAGAGGAAACAUGGCGAAUGAAAAUCCUCUUUCCAGACAAGAACUUUUGCGUCUGAAAUUAGAGAGACUUAACCAUUCCGAGGAGAGUCUCAAGUCAAGAAGUGCUGCCAGAUUGAAUAACAUAAUAGAAAAAAUUGACAGAAUUCUAGUGAAUACGACGUUGAAACGAGAUGCGGACUUUACGUGUAGUUUCAACGACGCACCCAGUCAAUAUCUGGGCGCAGCUUCGCCCAACUCCGAGAAAAGCAUUUGUAGCAAAAAAUAUGAACGGAAAGUUGUAUCAAAAACUCAGAUAAGUAGAAGCAAGGACAAGAGCGUAACAUCGAACAGUAAUGCGACUGUAAGAUUGCGAAAAGAUAAUGGAGAGCUUAUAGAAAUGCAGGAUAUCAGUUUGUCGGGCUACGACAAAUCAUCAGACAGUGAAAAAUUGCAGAAAGCAAGAGUGUCAGAUAUCCGUAGGGAAAAUCGUCAGAAUAUUUCGUCGCGCAGCGACAUGGAAUUUGACGAGAUCCGUUCCGUCCAUAGACAUGGUGGCGAGCCAUUCAAAAAAAGGUAUGGAAAGAAUAAACCUGAGCCUGAUGUGGAAUCAAUUCGUGGGACAACGAAACGUUGUGGUUCAACGGACGACAAGCUUUUCCAUAGCAGCGAAACUUGUGUUAUAACUUUAGAGAACCCAGCAGACAGUUUGCCCAGCGAUACCAGCACUCCGGGUAGCGCGGAAACUUACAUUGUUACCAAGAAGAAGGAUUUUAAAUUUUCAGCAUCGGACAAAAGCAGGGUGGCUAGCGAUUCUGGUAGCUCGGCAAAAAGCAGUACUACAUUUACUGUUGAAAAUGAAGUCAAAAACCACAAUUCGCGUACACCACAAAUAAAUGAUCCAAUGUGAAUCGAUCGAUAAGCGACAGUAGUAUCUCUAAGAUGCUCAAUUUAUUUUUUCAAUGUUGUACACAAAGUGAACUUUGAGCUGCAC